AUGUCCGGCAUAUCCCAGAGUGCCUCGUGCAGCCAUCUCCGCAACGACAACAGGAUGAGCGCGUCUCUUCAGAAUGACAAGCCAAAUGCAUUGUACACAGUGCUUCUUACUCCUCCGACCUCGCCGCUAGAACGACUAAACACUACUAGUCAGCUCCCGACUCCCUUGACGCCCUCGUCUCCUCUCAGCAGCUCUCGUCGAGGGAUGCACCACGACCUCUGGUCCAGCGAACCGUCAGCUCGGGUAAAGACGCCGGAUGUUCUCAAAUCCCGUCCGCUCGAGGCAAUUCACGGUCGAGACCGCAGCCUGUCUAUGCUCUUCACACUCCCAAACGAGACGCUAAGCCACAUCCUGUCCUUCUUGCCGUUAUCAUGCCUUCCGCCGGUUAUGCGCGUGUGUUCCCGCUUGCACGCGCUUUGCGAGCGGGCCUUGUACCACACACUCCAACACAUCCAGCUCUACUCACCUCCAGACGCGGUAUAUCUACACGAGGCCACAUUAUCGACCCCAGCAACGGCAACUUCGGGCAGCAGCGAAUGGGGACUCAUCCACACUCUGGCAACACGACCAUCCGCCGCACGCUCUGUCCGUCAUUUCGCGAUUCGUGGGCUGCCGUGUUUUGGCCAAGACGGCGUUGUAUUGCUAGCGCGGGCGCUCAACGGAAUGCAGAGUGGGCUCGUGUCGCUCGAAAUCAAUCUAGGCAUACCCAUUGAACGUGCACUCGUCCGAGCACUUUCCAAUCUCGAACCAAUCUCUGCAGAGCCGCAAGGAUUCGUCAAUCUAGCCGCUCUCAAUGUCCUCGACACACAGACGGCACUAUGGGUUUUAGGCGCGCGUCAUAGCAUCUCAUCGACACCGAUCACACAGCAACACCACCACCAAGACGCUGGUGGUAUGCGCGGGAACGACCGCCUACCGUCCUCUGUCGACUGGAAUGGGAAAGACGUGGAUAUGGAUCACGACCAAAUACACGCUAUUGAUCGAGGAUUACAAACCCCGAGCGCUCGUUCACCGCUUUCGGUCUUGCGAAUCGAUUUCCAGCAUCCCUUGGACGCGGCAACUCUGGACAAUCUCUUGAACGCGCUUGUGCCACAAUCACAAGCAGACUCCCGAUCUAUUGAAGACGUCGAGCAGCUUCAGCUUGGACUGCAAUGCCGGUCGGCUGACGAGGCAAGCGCCAUGGCAUCCACAAUUGCCCGACGACUACCCACGCUACGUUUGCUGGGUCUGCACGUCUAUCCGUGCUCACCAGAGGAGCAAGUACUAGAUUUCAUGGCUACUUCCUACGACGUUCUCGCCCGCAGCUCGCAGUCGACAGCCACCGGAGAGAAGCAAAUGGAAACUACUUGGGAUCUCUCGACGUCUCUCAACGAUGCUCUCUCUCACCUACCCCUCCUCCACACGCUGUCCUUUGCAUAUUCCUUGCCAUUCACAAUGGGACAAUCCAAAGUCAACGCAGAGGCUCUCGCAUACCAUUCUACAUUAUCAACCUUGCAUGAUCACGCGACUCCCUGCGGCGGCUCGUUGAAUCUCAUCGAACUCCAGUGGUCUGCAUGGCAGCUCGUUCCACCACGAGCGUCAGCUUCGCUAUCUGUAUCCCGUGAGACCAAGCAUGACGCCGUCUCGCAUGAAUGGACCGCUAUGCCUGCCAAUUGGCACCAGUUCAUCCGCCUCGGAUGGGCAUACGCAAACGCAAGCUUUGUCUAG